AACUAGUCCAGAAAAAUCAUUCUUCAUCAGAAAUUUGUGAAUGACAGGAUCAGCCAAGGUACCUUUCAACCAUUUUAUUACUUAUUUUAGGAACAGCUUAUUUAUGUCAAUGUAAAUUAUACUCCUACUGAUCACAAUGGUAUUUUUUCUGGCUUUUGAAAGCCAGUGCAGAAAUUGAGCAAACCAUGUCAGUUAUUUUUGGCCCAUCCUUUAUUUUGUAUCUAUCCAUGUUUAAGUCUGUUAGGGACUGUAGUAACAAUAGGUGAAGCAAUUGGAGAACCCUGCAUCCUUUGAUUUGCUCCAAGUAAUACAUGAAAAUAUUACAAGUAAUACAUGGAAGUAAUACAUGAAAAAAUUACUAUUACGUUGAUUGUAAACCAGGAUGUCCUUUCCAGAAUGGCUCAGAUUUUUUGUGAGAAAAGCUGGAUCCUGUUGGGUCAGUCACAUUGAGGAAGAAAAAUAUGAUAAGCGAAGGAAUAAUCAAGGAGGUUGUGUUCAGCCCUGGGUUCAAAAUAUAUGUCGUGAGAAUUCAUUCCUGAGCUUUGAGACCAGAUGCACUCCUAUGUUCAACAUUGGCCGGAAAAGCAGGACUUCUGAGGAACAGUCAACUUCCAAGUUCAGAUACUCUUAAGAAGUUCUUGCGUUCAGGACUUUUUAUUUCUGUUUGUGAACUCGGGUUUUAUUUAUUUUUUAAUCAGAAGAGCAUUAGAAGAGGAACAGAGAAGUUAGAUUAGACAAUGUGCUUUGUCAUCCUGUCAUCAAAAGGGAUCUGCUAGUGUUGUUAUUUCAGCAGUUUGUAUAUUAUGCCUUUUUACCUCAAAACCAAAUUUAAUUUCUGAUGUGGUAAGCCAUGCUGAACUCCCUCUUCUAUAUUCAAAACUCAAACAAAAGUCAUAAGUCUUCAGUUUACUUCCAAAUGUAUAUAUUUGAGUUUCUUUUUUUCCUGUGGCAAGACAUAACUUCUGGACUGCUGCACACAAUCUGGCUUUGUUUGAUUCCUAUAUUGCAACCUUAUACUAAAGGAGGGAAAAAACAAACCAGUAGGAAUAACUACAGUAUAGAAGUAAAAACACCUUUAUACUUUUAGUGACCCAAUUCGCAACACCCUCAGAAAAUUAAGAUCCCAAAAGUAAGCCUGAGUGGACAUUUUUUCUUAAGGCAUAAUUUAGACUGCCAAGUUUGGCAGCUGGAAUGCUUUCUUGAACUGAACUGAACAGAAUGGAAGGGGACAUAAAAGAGAUUCAGUGCUCUAUUUUUUCAUUUAUAUCUUAUUAGUUUCAUACCCUUAAUUGUGAAAUGUACUUCAGCUGAGAAAAUUUGUCUCAGCCCAGCUAUGCAGAUGGGUUUGCACCCAUUCCAGAAAACCAGUAGACUGUCAUUCUCUUGGCCUGGUAGACACAGGUCCUAUAAACAACAUGAGAAACACCUGGAUCUUUCACCAGAGACAGCCCUGCUACUAUAACAAGCAGUUGUGCAACAUCCCAGGCUUGCCAACCCUUACCGUGGCAUAAGGUAUGGAACAACAAGCUGUACCUUUUAGUUAUGGAAAUCAGACACAACAGAGAUGUUCUUGUUAGAUACUAAGUAAUUGUCACCCUUAGCACAGACCAAGAGAAGGCCUUCUGUCAGUUGGGCAUCUCAGUAGCUUCAGAUCAGAUUGCUUCAUAAUGUUGAAGUGCUCAGUAAUUUCAAUGCCAUGCUCAGUAAUUUCAAUGCCACUGUAACUUCUGCCUCCCAAAUGUUUCACUUUUUCAGCUGAAAAGAAAUAUCAGAGCACCAAGGCUCAGAGUCCUUGCACACUGCCCUUCUCUACUGAAGUCUUUCUGUCCCUCAGUCACACUGACAGAGUGGUGACAAAAGUCCGAGAUGGUCUCCUUGGAGCUGUCCACAAUAGUUUUCACUUUUCACAGUGCUAAGUAGCCUUCUGCUGCCAGUCAGUCAUCCUCUUCUGGAUGAUGCCUGGCUCUAGGCUACAAGCACAGUACAAAUGGCAAGUACAGGAAUUUUCCCAAAUAGGAUAUGAAUGAAAUAAUUUUUUUCGGUCUUUUUCUGUGAGCACUAACUCUUUUUCAAAGGUAGGUGAAAACAAUCUGAAUGCUAAGCAAAGGAGGGAUAUCUGUAGCCAGAACAUUUUAACAGGAAGGGAGUUUAAUAAUAAAAUUGCAUCCCUAGCCACCUGGCCUUCUUUCUGUGUGUGUGUGUGUUUUCUUUUGGAAGCACUGUGGGAUAGAUGACACUUGCCAUAAAGCUCUUCCUACAGAAAAAUAUGCAAGCCCAGCUCAUUUCCAGUGCAUGAUAAUCAUUAAGGCUCCCAUGAGUGAACCUCUGAUACUUUUUUGGCCAAUGAUUAACCUUAAGCCCUCCUUCCCCCUUAUGCACUUGGAUUAAAAAGGCAAUAUGGAGAGAGAAAGCAGUAGGCAUGAGUGGUGCAUUCUCUAACUCUAUGGACUAAAGGGUGGAGUCAUCUGACAAAUAGUUCAGGAGCAGCACACCAGGCAGUGAGAUUGAUUUUAUUAGGGUUAGAAAAGAAAGAAAGGUUCUGUUGUGUGACCAGGCUGAAUUCAGGAUGUUUUUAAGCUCCAUCAUGCUGCUUUUACUGGUGCCAGCAAUGUUUUUAUGGUACAGACGGCAGCUAUUGACUUUUCCAUUUAUUCAGCUCUAUACUCUUCUUUGUUCUGGAGAGUCUGCUGUAAUUAGAGUUUAUAACGUUUUCUUGUACAGAAGUCUAGUGUUUAGUGUAAGGCUUUACUUGUCAAGACUUUAAGAGUCUAUCCUUGACUCCAUAUGACCCGGGGUAAGUCAUAUAACCAGAGUUUUGAUUCAGCUUCUCAGCCUGGAAACCAAUACCAUCCUCAGAGGGCUUCAUUCAUUUGGUUAAGAUUUUUGGAUAAAAGUUGUUUUAGUAGAAGAAAAACACUAUCAUUCACAUUCUUAUUAAGCCAUAAAUGCUCGCCUUUUGAUCUGGAUAGAGAACAGACGUGGAGGUAUAAAAUUUCUCUGUUAGUCUCAUUUCGUAUAGCCCUAAUACCUGUAUGUUCUAUUAAAAAAUUCUCCAGGGCAGUAGCUGGGAACAUGGGUGUGUGAUUUCUGGGUGUUCUGGGUAGCACAUAUCUUGGGACAGUAACCUGUUAAGUACUGAGCAGGGACUGGCAACAGCAGAGCAGCAGCAUGCCCCUCCUCGCCAUACACAACCAGCGGAUCAGCUGGACUCCGCUGCUGGUACUGGGGUAUCUCUUUUACCUCCUCUUGGGUGCUAUGGUGUUCCAGCUGCUUGAGAAGCAGGCAGAGACCCACUUUCGGGACCAGUUCCAGCUGGAGAAACUUAAUUUCCUGCAGAACUACACAUGCUUGGACAGACAAGCCCUGGAGAAGUUUGUACAGGUCCUCAUGGAAGCAUGGGAAAAAGGGGUCAACCCAGAAGGAAACUCUACAAAUCCCAGCAACUGGGACUUCAGCAACUCCUUCUUUUUUGCAGGAACUGUUGUCACCACUAUAGGUUAUGGUAACCUGUCCCCCAGCACAGUGGCAGGGCAGAUCUUCUGUGUGUUUUAUGCCUUAUUCGGAGUGCCCCUCAACCUGACCUUCCUUAAUCAGCUGGGGAAAGGUCUCAACGCUCAUCUGCUUACCCUGGAAAGAUGGGUGCAAAAGCCAGGCCGUGCCCAGGUGGUUCAAACACUGGCAGUGGCCAUCUUCCUGUCCACUGGGACUUUGCUUUUUCUAGUGUUCCCGCCAUUAGUCUUCAGUUAUGUAGAAGGCUGGAGUUAUGGAGAAGGCUUUUACUUCACUUUCAUCACCCUGAGCACCAUUGGAUUUGGAGACUAUGUAGUAGGCACAAACCCCAACAAGCACUAUAUCCCUGUGUACAGGAGCCUAACUGCAAUUUGGAUUGUUUUUGGUUUGGCCUGGCUGGCUCUGGUCUUCAACGUGGGAGCUGACUUGAUGGAAAAAUUCCUUCAGCUAAAGGGGCAUAAGUCUGACUCAAGCUUGGCAGAAGGAAGCACCACCAAAUUGGAAGAUGAACCUGAACAGCGUAGAAUUCAUAUCCCUAGCUGAGCAAGUGGGAUUCAGUUCUUGUGGUCACUCAUUUUCAAAAAAAUCCAGAGUGACUGCCUCCCAGCUUCAGUAAGAAGUCAUGUCAUCAAGAAUCUCAAGUG